AUGGCUUCGUUCACAGGGACACUGGACAAGUGCAAGGCUUGUGACAAAACUGUUUAUUUUGUUGAUUUAUUGAGUGCUGAUGGGACAACUUAUCACAAAUCAUGCUUCAAAUGCAGCCACUGCAAAGGAACUCUUGUGGUCCAUUUCCAGCAGCUGUUCCUGGAGAAGGGAAAUUACCAACAUGUCCUCCAGGCUGCCGCGGCCCAUAAAAAGAGCACGGUUCAGCCCAAGGAUUCAGACCAGCCAGAGACCGAAAGGCCCGAAACCAAGCCCGAUCCCGAUAAUGACACCAAGUCUGAGCCGGACUCGAAUCCGGAGGAGCCCGAGGAGCCACAACCACAGACCUAA